CAGAAUCUCAAUCGCCAUCGAGCGUGAGCGUGCCGCUACGGAAAAAAAGUAUGGAGGACAUUUCGUUGCCUCACGAUACCAGAGUCGAAGACAUUUUAGCCGACUAUUUCACGAAGAAGAUCGAAGGCAAGGACGCGGAGGCCAAGGAGAAGCACUCGGACUCGCAGCACAGCUCCAAAUCCAAGAAGUCCAAGAAGCGCAAGCACAAGAAGAAGAAAAAACACAAAACCCGAAAAGCUCAUUCAGAGAACGAGGAGGAGGAACGUGCCCGCUCUAGUGCAGACGAAUGCUGGGUGGAGGUAACGGCAGGCAAGGACAAGGAAAACUCUGCGAAGGAUAAGUCAGAUAGCACUGACAAAGAACCAAAGAAGAAACAAAAGAGCAAAAGCAAGCGUAGAGAUGCUAGUGCCUCUUCAAAUUUAGAUGCUGCAACGGCGCAAGAUGUGCCGUCGAAAGACAAGGGUGGCACAUGCAAAGAUGAAGACCGCGGCGGCGGCAAAGGUGACACUGUCCAGAAGGAGCCAGCAACCAAGGACGAUGUUAAACAAGCUGAGCAUACUGGGCACACAUCUAGGAGGUCAAGUUUAUCUACAUCUCCGGCAAGGAGCAGGCGGGCUUCUAGCAGCUCUGACUCAGAUGAUGACCACAAAAGCGCAUCUGCAGCAGAGCCUGCUAGCCGUGCUUCGAAAGCAGAACCACCUAAAAAACCAACGCAAAAGAAAGGGCGAAGCUACAGAACAAAGCGUUGUCGAUCAUCUGGCUCGUCGGAUUCGUCUGAAGAUGACCGAGACAAGCAGAGCAGAAGUCGGAGCCGAAGUCUCUCGCAAGGGGCGAGCCCUCGACUUUCUAGGCAGAACAGGGCACGCAGUUCCAGCAGAAGCCGGCGCGGCACUCAGAGCAAGGAUUUGAGACAAGAAAGGAGCAAGAGCAGAGAUGACAGCAGAUACGACCGAUCACGAGAUCGUUCUCGUAGUCCAAAAAGGUCAAGUCCCGUUAGAAGCCAGCUCCAUGGCCAAAGUCGCAGUAGGCUGAGCCGUAGUCCUGAAAGAUCAAGGAUGGGCCGUAGCCGUAGCCGAAGGCGUUCGCAGGGUCGUCACAGUCGUAGCCCAAGGCGUUACGAAAGUCUUCGUGGCCAUAGCCCAAGGCGUUCUGAAGUUAUUCGCAACCGCAGCCCAAGACGUACCGAAGGUCGUCGCAGCCGUAGCCCAAGGCGUACCGAGAGUCGUCGCAGCCGUAGCCCAAGACGUCCUGAAAGUCGUCGCAGCCCAAGCCCGAGCCGUGGUCGAGGGUGGUCUGGAAGCAAGCAAAGCCGUGGUCGAACACCACCAAGGCGGAGUCGAAGCCGCAAAAGGUCAGUGAGUCGGCAGCGAGGUCGCCGUAGUCAAAGCCCUAGCUCUAAGCAUUCUCGACGAAGUACGAGCAGAGAUAAAAGACACGAGAGAAAAAGUCAAAGUCCUAAAGGAGAGAGAAAAAGUCGUAGUUGCAGCCGUAAACGGUCGGUGAGCACACAAAGGCGCUCUUCACGUCAUUCAAGCAGUGGUGACAGUUCUUCAGAUCGCAGCAAGUCUAAUGAGAGAGAUAAAAAAACUGAGGAGAAAGCCUCCAGUGCGAGAGCUUCAACACCUGAUAAGGGCAGUGCAAGUUCUGUCGAUGAAGACGAGAAAGAAAAACGGGCAAAGUCUGCAGAGGAGAAAUUGAAACGGGGCAAAUCGAGUGACAAGGAAAGUUCCAAUGAUGGCGGCAAAAACCAAGUGGUUCUUUAUGGACCGUUUGAGGAAGAAGAAGCUAGUUUUGAUGAGGAGCCAAGUCCCGACAGAGCGGAAUCGACCACAAAACCCACGCAGCCAGAGACGUGCUCUGGUGGUGCUGGCAAGAAUGUGAAAAACCAACCAGCAACCAGCAGCCUCGAUGCAGUGCCACUGCCAGCAGAGCCUGCAGCCCAGUCUGAAGACACUCAACUAGAGGACAUGGACAUUUCAGACUCGCCAUCCUCGGGCGGUGUGCUUGAAGUGGAGGACAGCCUCAGCCAAAGCCUGACUUCUGGUGAACGUCACAGCUCACCCUCCGUCAGUUCUCAUCAUCAGAAUGAAACCAGGGCCUCGCAACAGUGCGUGCCACCGCAGAAGGUCCCUACGUCUGAAGAGACAUUGGCUAAGACAGCACCGACUAAAGCUGCCAUUCCUUGGACCUAUGCUGAAAUGCAGCCACCACCUCCGCCCCCUUGGUUGAAGCCUGAAGUAACGAAGCCUGUGGGCCAGGUGAGGCCUUUUGUUAGAGAAGUUAAUCCAAGCGAGUUGGCAGCACAAAAGGGCCUCUUGCAGGGGAAGCAAGAAGGGGUUGGUGCUGUUGGCUCCCUGGUCACAGUGCAGCCAUCCACUGAUCCUCCGUUGAUCGCUCCCGACAAGUCCACAUACAGAGCUGAAGAACUGUCUGCUUUGGCAAACUCUGCGGCAAAGGCUGCACAACAAUCUGCUUUUCCCGAUGUUUCAGCAAAGCUGAUACCACAGAUAUCUCUUGCAACUGUGCCGCCGCCACCUGUAAAUGUGCACAGUGGGGCACUGUAUUCGGCUACUGUGAUGCCAGUACAUGUUCCUUACCAGUUUAUGGGUUUGCCAGGGCAUGGUCAAGUCGGCCCUGGUGCUACAUUGCCAGUUGCACAGGAAAAGUCCGCCCACGUGACUGAGCAGCACCAUGAGCAGUGCCCACCCCAACCACAACAGAGCCGCGAUAACCAACCGUCGGACUCUGCAGACUCUACUAGCACUGCUCCCCAGCUUAGUGGACCACCUGUGAGUGAGUCAAAUCCUCCAUCUCCCACAAAAAAGUCAGAAGUUACAAGUAAAGCUCCAGAUGUAGGUGUAGCAGAGGAAGCAAAAGAUGGCAAUGAAUCAGGGAGCUCGUCCAGAAGCUCUUCACCAGCAGAAGGGCGAAGUCGUAGCAGCAGCAAGGAGAGAUUGAACUCUCGUACGUCUAGAAGUCGCAGUGGGGACCGGGAGAUCGCAAAACGAUCGCGGAGUAGUGAGUCUCGAAGCCCGAGCAGUGACGCCAAGCGGCUGCGCAAGGACGAUCGUGCAGACUCUGAGGAAAAGAGGACGAAAAGCGAGGGUCUCGACAGACAUGAUAGUGCAAGCCCAGACCGCAAGGCACGUGACAGCCGUGCUAGAAAAAAGAGCGUGAGCCCAGACAGGAAGCAGAGCAAGACUAAUGACCGUAAAAGGAGCAAGAGCCGAGACAGAAGACGGAGUAAAAGCCGUGACAGAAGGAGCAAGAGUCGGGAUAGACGGAGAAGCCAGAGUCGAGAUAGGAAAAGAAGCCCAAUCCGCGAGCGGAGGAGAAGCAAAAGUCGCGAAAGAAGGCCGAGCAAAAGCCGAGAGCGAAGGAGGAGCAAGAGUCGGGACAGGAAAAGGAGCAAGAGUAGGGACAGAAAGAGGAGCAAGAGCCGAGAACGAAAACGGAGCAAAAGUCGUGAGCGAAAGAGAAGCAAGAGUCGUGAUCGGAGAAGGAGCAAAAGCCGUGACAGGAAAAGAAGCCGAAGCCGUGACCGCAAGAGAAGCAAGAGCCGUGAGCGGCGUACUAGUGUUGGCCGUAGUGGAACACGGUCAGCGCGAAGGAGAAGUGCCAGCAGGUCUCGCAGAAGCCGCAGCCGCGACCAGACCAAAAGACGUAGCCAAAGCAGAGAGAGGGCACGCCAGCGGCGAAGCCAGAGCAAGGGGAGAGACUCAAGCAGGAGGAAGUCUAGAGACCGAGAGGCUCCGAGGGGGGGCCUAAUCCUGAAGCGAUACAAGAACGAGCUCAGCAGUGAGUCUGACAGCAGCCCCGAAAGAAAAAGUAAAGCAAAGCCCUCUUCACCUGUCAAAAAAAGGCAACGCAGGGACAGUGAUGCUGAAAGUGUUAGCUCAGGGGAUGAUAAGCCUGAAGAUAACAGGGUGGCAUCGCCAAUGAUGUCUGACACUGAUGAGCCUGACGCAGAUGGCAAAGGUGAUGACUGUACAGAUAGCGAGAAAGAGAAAGAACUUGAGAAGCAACAAUCCUCAGAAACAGCGAGUAAAGAUAAAUACAAGGAUGCUCCAUACGGACCACUUCCCCCAAAUGAAGCCGUCACUCCUCCAGCACCCAAGGAUGCACACCAUUCUGAUGAUGAAAUGGAUGAUGAGCAGGAUGUACCAGCUGGCUCUAAUAUUAGCUCAUCCUUGGAAACAAAAGCAGGUAGCAAGGCACUUCACACUCAGGUCGUGAGUAGCAGUAGUUCCAAAGAGAGCAUUUGCUUGGCUGGGGACACAUUGUUGGCAAGCAGUAAAGGCCAUGGCACUUGUUCGGACAGUACUGCGCGUAGAAGCCCAGAACUGAAGCAAGAACGGCAAGAAAGGAGUACAAAUAAAGGAGACAAGAUGAAUUCUGAGAAGCUCAGUGUCCCAUGUGGUGAAAGCGCUGUGUCGAGCUCAACUGGCAGUCCUGGACAGCCAGAAGAGCGACCCAAAAGCAGAGGAGGACUUUCUGAAGAUUUGAACACAAAAAAAAUAAGUGGAGGAAAUUCAUCCUCUGUGCGAGGUCCACCUGCCUGUACGGAUCCUAAUGAUGACGGUGAAAAAAAGCCAAGUACGACGACAGACGACAAAGCUAAAGAAGCCAGUUACAAUGAUGACACAAGGAGUACCUCGGACAAUGAACGCAAGAGCCGCAGCAGGAGUCCAUCGAGCACAUCCUCCAUUGAAAGAGCUCGGACAAGGAGAGAGUCCUCAUCUUCAAGCACCAGUCCGAGCCCAGAGAGGGACGCUUCUAAAGAGCCCAGCAAAAGCAGGAGCACAUCUCCAGACAGUCCUGACAGGGAGACACGAGAUGAAAGUCCUGAGAAGAAAAGCCGAAGCCGGGAUGCGAAAAGGAGCCGUAGCAGAGAGAAAAAAAGAAGUAAAAGUCAAGAAAAGAGAAGGAGCCACAGCCGGGAGAAAAAGAGGAGCCACAGUCGCGAGAAAAAGAGAAGCCUGAGCCGAGAGAAAAAGAGAAGCAAGAGUCGUGAGAGGAGAAUGAGCCGUAGCCGAGACAGAAGUCGUCGCAGCAAGGAGAGGAAAAGAAGCAGGAGCCGAGAGAAGAAACGAAGUCCCAGCCGCGAAAAGAGGCGGAGCCGCAGCCGUGAGAAGCGAAGGAGUCGCAGUAGGGACAAAAGGAGAAGCCGCAGCCGAGAAAGGAAGCCAAGCCCUAGUCGGGACAAAAGGAGAAGCCGCAGCCGAGAGAAGAAGCGAAGCAUAAGCCGAGAUAGGCGCAGGAGCCGUAGCCGAGACAAGAGGCGGAGCCGCAGCCGAGACAAGAGGAGGAGCCUCAGCCGGGACAGGAGGCGCAGCCGAGAGAGGAGGAGAAGCCGCGACAGGAAGAGCCCAAGUCGAAGCCGAGACAGGCGGAGGAGCCGAGAGAGAAGGCCUCGCAGCAGGAGCCGUCCGCGACGAAGCUGGAGCCGGGCCAUGGAGCUGCAGCGUAAGCGGAGUGCCGAACGGUUGCGGAAGAAGAGCAGGAGCCCCCGGAAGAGAAGCCUGAGCAAAAGGAGGUCGCCGCCGCCACGUAAGAAGAGCCGCAGUCGCAGCCGGCGGCGUUCUAGAACCCACAGUCCUCCAGAACGGAAGAGGAAAAGCCGCAGCCGUGAAAGAAUGCUACCGCAAGGCCACAGCGACCAGCAGGGAGUCAGCCACAGGAACAGGGAGAGCAGGGAGCCCUCGGUGGUCAAGGUGGACAAGGCCCAGCUGCUGGAAGCUGCCCGCAAGAACAUGCAGGCCAUGCUGCAGCGCGGUGUGGUCGCCAAGGGCCUCCCUGUGGCUGCGGCUGCGGCUGUGAACGCGACUGUCAAAGUGGUGGCCGCGGCAGUGGCGGCGGCUGCAGCUGAUCCGAGGUCAUCGCUGGCCGCCAAGUUGGACGUGGCUUCGUCUGCGACUUCUACGCCCCCGAAUGAGCCUCCAGUCUUGCCCCUGGCGCAGUCGGGAGAUGGUACGGGCCCCGCUGUCACCCUUGGCAUGACCGACGAGCCGCCAAAGAUCAAAAAGUCCCUGGCUGCACUCACUGAAAUCUGCAGGGCCAUCUCUGACGAAGAAAAGCGCGAGUACGCUGGCGAAGUGGAACCCAAGACAGCUGAGGAAGUGGCUGAAGAGUUCCAGCAAACACACCACCACCCUUUCAAACUGAAGGAACCUCCACCCCCGAUUAGGUUUAACAUUCCUAAUGCCACCAACCUUCCCGUGAAGACGCUCGCUGAGAAGGUGGCCGAUGCUGCGCACCUGCACAAACAGUUUCCCGUCUCGAGCGGGAACCAGCACCGUGUGAAAGAGCUCGAGUGGGUGCCCGUGGAGAAGACUGAGCCGGCGCCGGCGCCCAAGGUCGCUCGGGCCGCCGCCGCCAAGAGCCGUGCCGCUCCUUCGACGGAGGGGGGCACUUCCCCGCUUGCCCUGAUGCCUCCCCCUUUGCCCAAAACUGAAACCUUUUCCCCGCUGCCCACUGUUGCCACUCCGCCUGUGUUUCAGGUGGAGGAUGUUCCGCUGCCCGUCUCGUCGGCGGUGAUUUCGUCUACUGUGAUGGAGCCGCCAGACCCAGCGCCGGAGAGCCUCGACAUUGCAACCAUAAUGAGCCGUCGUGUCGAAGCGAUGAAGGCCCUGAAGGAGAAUCCGAUGGAUCUGGAAGCCAUGAAGGUUUACCACGACUGCCACAAGGAGUUCCAGGCAUGGGUAGCAUCAAAGCAAAAGCCAGGCCAGUACACAGGUUCAAUAGACUUCAAGCCACUCACUCCGGAUGAGCUAUCCGGGCCCUCUCCUGCUUGGGUUAAAAAGGACCAGUUUAUGAAGGCAGCACCUGUGGCUGAGGGCAUAGGCAUGCACUUGUUGCGCAAGAUGGGCUGGACACCUGGUGAAGGCCUGGGAAAAAACAAGGAGGGUGCCUUAGAGCCUCUGCUUCCCAGCAUCAAGACCGACAAGAGAGGUCUGGUGUCGGAGCUAGAGACGAAACACCCUUCUGUGCCUGCACACCAAGAUUUAGGAGGUGAAAGUAAACGGCAUGGAGUAUCAGCCAAAAGAGUACAGUGCCAACAAGAAACACGCCAAAGCGCAGGCGGCCAUGCUCUGUCUCCAGGAGAAGGGCAUCAUUGGUCGCAAAAGCUUCCAGGGUCCCUCUGUUCAGCUGUCGAUGAUGAUGCCGCAGCAGGACAUAGAUCUCAUGUAUUAGGUGCCUCGCCACGAUUUCAUGAUGCAUGUGGGCUUUAUGAUUUCGGCAAAUGGGGUUGGCGCAGCUGCUGAAAGUGUGAGCUCAAACUUGGCGGCAUUGAAAUGCCCACUGCAUCAAAAUUGCAAUCUGUGGAGACAAAUCAGCCUGCAGUUGCGCAUCACAUUGUGCAAGUCAUGGCAGUGUUAGGCCGAGGAGCUAUUCCGGACAUUGCUGAAUUCACCAUCUUGUCAUCUCGAACAAGUUGAAGAUGAUGUGGCCCAUGAACGCUGAGAUUGCAGCGGGGCAAACUGUCAUCACUUAUUUGACGUGGUGACAGUGCCGUUUUUGUAACGUCACUUUGAGCUUUCUCUUCUUCCCCAUGUGCCGCUAUCACUGGCCAGCCACCUUCUUGUUGGCAGUAUCCUAGCACCACAAACACGCUUUGUUUAUUUUAGACUUGAUGAUCUUGCAAUGUCCUCUUGAGAUGUGUCAUUGAAUGUUGGAAAUGUCUAGUCAACAUGCAUUUUCUGCUGUAACCGUGGAAGUCCUCUUUGGCUGGCCAAAGGGACGUGCAUCAUGACUUCGUAGCACUGCAAAUCAUUACCACUCAUUUACUAUCCCCAUUGUUUGUGCUGCUCUGUGGAAAUCAGUGAAUAUUGUAGAAAGUUAAGUGCCAGAAAUGUCGAGUACAACUUGGGGAGUUAACUGUGAUAACUCACUUAUUUGUUGUCAUUUUUGUGUGUCAAGCUGCUUCAGUUGUGUUUUGUAAGUCGUCACAUGAUCUGUGCAGUCGUCACACGACCAAUGCUUGUCGCCUGACAAUGUCCUUUUUUUUGUGAAUAAUGUGAAUACAUAUCGCUGUCUUAAUCGCAACGCACUGACGUAAAGUUGUCAAUUUUACACUGUGUGAACCUGGGUGAGUUCAUAAGUAAUAAUCUUGCAAAAGCAAGUUACAUACAGGAACAGGUUUUUUUGCCUUUGUCCCAACCGUAAUGUGCUUUUGCAAGUUCACUGUAGUUUGCAAAAUAAUGCGGACUCAUGUGCACAGUCCUCAAUGCAUGCUUAGUUACGUGGUAACAUGCCAGAAACCUUAUAUGUAUAAGUCCACGCAUGUUGCAACGGACCGUAAUAACUCGGCGAGAAAGGUUUGUUAUAUUCGAAGUCCGCUCUAUCCAAAAUUAGGGCCAUGAUAUAAGAUGGCAGAACUUGACAUAUAAUGCUGUCUAACCCGAAAGCAACCGCAGCAAAAACACGAAGGCAUAGUAAAAAAAACGCCAGGCUUGUGCAGAACCUGCAGCACAGUUACAGUGUAAGCUGGCGGAGCGACCUUCACAGAGCCCGAUGUAAACUCUCUUAGGGCGCCUACAAGUACAUGUUCGAGGUACCCACUAUGCAAUAAAUCAUUCUAUUUAACGAAGUAGCAAAGCACCCAUUAUGUGUUCCUACGGGAAUAUGUACACCUGCGUAGUUUCACACUUUCUAUUUACUGUGGUGGAUGAUGAUGGGGAUGGUGAAGAAUUAUUGCAUAGUCCUUUGUAAUGGGUGGGAAGCUUUAAACCCUCCAAUCAUUACGCAAUUCACACGGUGUGACACCUGGUGUGAUUCUACUCUUUUGCCACGCAAUAUUACAUCUAACGCAUUUCCUCCCUUCUAUAGGAUCUUUUUCCAAAAAAAUUCAAGCACUGGCGUGGCUCUGUGAUAGAAAACCUGGGUUCCAAUCCGCCUCAAACCCUGUUCUAAUAGCUGAGCUGUUUAAAGGGGUCACGAAGCACCCCUUGGGCUUGCUGAAAAAACACAUCCUGUGGAAAGCUGACACGGCUAUGAACUGCUCUGCCAAAUAUUACAGUCGUGCGCGCCGCGUAAAGGCCACAAGCGGAGCGCGAAGUUGCCGUUUCCUCAGGCGCCCUCUUUUCAAACAGAGGCCGGUUCUCACUCUCGUCGGUGGGUGGGGCGUCUGCCCGUUGACGUUGCGGAUCUGCCUGUUUACGUCGCAAGAGACAUAGCAUGCUUAUUGGCCGAUAGCCG